AUGGCGGACGUCGAAGCUUUGGCGGGCGAACUUCCAGAGGCCAAGGAGGGUAGUCGGCAGCAUGCGGUCGCCAAAGAGAUGGGGCUGGGGGCAACUUAUGAGCGGAAGGUUGCCCUCGUCAAUCGAGAAAUUCGCGCCAUGGGCUUUGGCAAGUUUCAGUGGGCCCUCACGCUCCUGUCUGGCGGCGGCUGGGCGGUGGACAACAUCAUCUUCUACGCGUUGUCCAUCUCAUUGCCGCAAAUCGAGCGUGAAUUCGGCUCGAGCACCCCCGUUCAGUUCCAGACACUUGCCUUGUACGUCGGCCUUCUCGUGGGCGCGACAUUCUGGGGUUUGGGCAGCGACAUAAUUGGCCGCAGGGCCUCGUGGAACCUGACGCUCCUUAUCGGCUCAGUCUUUAUGUUGAGCGUUGGUGCCGCCCCUACUUUUGCCGCCAUGGGCUGCCUGCUCGCCUGCACGGGUGUCGGCGUUGGCGGCAACCUUCCGGUGGACGGUAUGCUGCUCCUCGAGUUCACACCAGGGUCAAAGCAGUGGGUCGUCACACUCCUCUCCGUCUUUUGGAGCUUCGGCCAGCUGUUUGCUACCGUCAUUGGUUGGGCGUUCAUCACCAAUUACUCGUGCAUCGAAAAGGACCCCGAGGGGCUGCAACCAUGCCUCAAGGCCGACAACAUGGGAUGGCGCUAUACAUUCUAUCUCUGUGGUGGCUUCACUCUCCUUCUCUGGGUUGCACGGUUCUUCGUCUAUCCGGUUCCCGAGUCGCCCAAGUACCUCAUCGCAAGAGGAAGAGACGAGGAGGCGAUUGAAGUUCUCAAUUUCAUCGCCAAGGAGAACAAGACAAAGAACAACCUCACGCUGCAGUUGCUUCGGGAGAUGUCUGACUGCGAUGAUACAGGGCGCACCACGACGGAAAUUAUAGCGGCGACGGUGAUUGGGUCUAAUGCUAGCGGAGAAGACUGUGGCGCAGAGGAACGGAAGACGGACACGAUGGGAAAGGCAGACGACGAUGUGAUCAAGGAGAAUGUUUGCGAAGAGAAGACAGCUUCGAGGCCUGCUCCAUUGUCCGCACCUUCAGAGAGUGGCCCAACGAAGAAGGCGAAGGGGAGCAGGAUUGGCUUCUCCCAAUCCGACUGGCAACAGGUCAAGAGUAGCGCAACACACUUUGACCGAGCGCACCUCAAGCUGCUCGUUGCUUCGCGCAAGAUGGCCUUGAACACCUUUAUCAUCGUCUUCUGCUGGAGCUGCCUCGGUCUCGCGUACCCGCUCUACAACGCUUUCAUCGCCAUUUACGUGGAGCAAGCCUCUGCGAACCUCUCGUCGCAACCGCAAUCGCAAUCGGAGCAGUACCGCCAGCUCGUCUACUUCUCCCUUUGCUCCAUACCCGGCUGUCUGCUCGCGACUGUCCUCGUCGAGCUGCCCCGAAUCGGUCGAAGAGGGGCCAUGGCCUUCUUUACCCUCUUGACAGGCAUCUUUUUGUUCGGCUUCACCACGGCCAGAACGACCAAUGCAGUCCUCGGAUGGAACUGUGGAGCGAGCUUCGUGCAAAACGCCGCCUAUGCGGUCCUCUACGCAAUCACCUACGAGCUCUUCCCUACGCCCGCCCGGGGCACAGGCGACGGAAUCGCCAUGGCAAGCCAGCGCGUCUUUGGCCUGGCCCCGCCCAUCAUCGCGGCCUACGCCGGCAAAGACAACCCCUCGACGCCCGUCUUUGUCUCGGCCAGCCUGUUCGUCGCAGCCUCCAUCGUUAUGCUCUUCUUACCAUUUGAGCCCAGGGGGCUUGAAUCCAUGUAG